AAGACGGAGCGAAUGAUCUCCAUCGGCGAAUUAUUGCGCUCAAAAACCACCGGUGUGCCACUUUUAAAAACGUGUGUUUGUUGUUGUCUCUCUCCUCCCAUGGUGCCUAUUGAUUAAAGCGGAUCCGGGGAUGGAGUAUAUGGACGAGAAGUUUGCGUUGAAGAGCCACGCGCUGAAGGCCGGCGAUUACUACAUGGACCAAGUCAUGGAGAGCCUGGACAGCGCGCAGUACUUCAAGUCCUCCCCGAAGAGCGCGCAGGCCUUCGGGCUUCAGAGCGCCGAGCACCGGCCCGCGGCCUGCGGGGACCACAACGCCAAUUACGGUGCGGCAAAGACAGACGAGGACACUUUGCACGGGGACCUCGGGCGGCCGAUGGACAGCUGUUGCACCCUGCGGGCGUCCCCGGUGACAACCGGACAGGACAAAACGGAUUUGGACGACAUGGGGGACAGUAACGUGUCCAGCAGCAAGAAGAGGAGACACCGGACGACCUUCACCAGUGCGCAGCUGGAGGAGCUGGAGAAAGUCUUUCAGAAAACUCACUAUCCAGAUGUUUACGUGAGGGAACAGCUGGCCAUGAGGACGGAAUUAACGGAGGCCAGAGUGCAGGUGUGGUUCCAGAACAGAAGAGCGAAGUGGAGGAAACGGGAGCGCUACGGGCAGAUCCAACAGGCCAAAAGCCACUUCGCGGCCACGUACGACCUGUCGGUGUUACCGAGGAGCGACAGCUACACGCAGAUUUCCAACAACCUGUGGCCGAGCCCGGCCCCCGGCGGCCCCGUGGUGUCGUCCUGCAUGCUGCCCCGAGGCUCCCCUCCCUGCGUCACCUCCUACUCCCACUCCCCCCGCUCGGCCGCCGCUGCCGCCGCCGCCGAGCACGGCUACAUGGGCUUCCCCAACCAGCAGAACCAGUUCGGCCACGUCGCCCUCAACAACUUCUUCAGCGCGGACUCCCUCCUCACGCCGGCCGCCGCCGGCCACCACGCCUUUGAGACCAAGCCCGAGUUCGAGAGGCGCUCGUCCAGCAUAGCCGUGCUGCGCAUGAAGGCCAAGGAGCACACGGCCAACAUCUCGUGGGCCAUGUGAUCGCGUGCAUGCCUGGCAGGUCGGGAUCAUGCAUGGGGGAGAAAAAAAAAAGAUAUGUUUCUGUUGGUCAACAUCCUCCGAUUAGACAUCGCCGAUGUGUUGUUAUGGAUGGAAAUAGGAGAUUAAAUACACGUGAUGAGAGAGCCAGAGUCAAGAAAACGCGUUCAGGAUAACAAACAAAAUGGAAAAUGUGUCUGGUCUUGUGGUUCGAUAGGAGUAAAUGAGCUGAAAAACAGAAACGUCAAAUAGCCAUAAUGUUGUGUUUCUAGCAGAUCCACAGUAGAUAGAAGAUACUAAGACAAUCACAUGGUCAAACACACUUAAAGCUGCAGUUGGUAACUUUAAUGAAAUGCACCUUUUGUCAUAUUUGCUCAGCCAGUCAUCUGUAAUAUACUGACGGUAGAACACGAGACCGACGAUCCGUCAAAAGAAUCUUGUUCCUCUGCUUCCUUUUUGCUCAUAAAGGCAUUGUGCAAGAUUUCACUGAAUACAAUCAACCAAUCAGAGACUCUAACGCAGCUGUCAGUCACCAUGAAGCCCGGCCAGUGCUUCAUCUUCAACAUGGCAGAGGGGUCAAAAACUCUCAUUCUGCAGUGAAACCUUUGAAAUGAGGCUUGACACAGUUGAGGAGAGUAAGCGGCGAUUCAGUAGGAGAGUAUGAAUUCAUGUUUAAGCUUCACAGCUGCGUUAGAGAAUCCGUUGGUAAAAUCUUGAACUUUCCAUCAGAUGCACUGUGGGGAAGGAGAGGAACCUCAUAUUUUCACAGAUUAUCUGACAUACGUACCGCUGUCAGGGUCCGAAGUAGAGGACAUGGUCACAGGUACAUCUGCAAUCAGUUUGUGCAACCUUGAGGGGUUGAGCUACGGCCGUCGCCAUCUUGUUUUGAUUGCAACCAGAAGUGAGUAAAAGUUAAACUGAAAACUGCAUGAGUCAUUUUUUUAGUGACCAAAACUUGACAAUUAACCCCCACACACCUCGAAAGGGUUGAAGGGCUUUGACCAGAACAUGGAAAACUCCCAGACUUGUCAAUCACAAGGUAGCCCCGCUUAAAGCAUCCCCUGCUUAAUGGUCUAUUUUACUCAAAGGUAGACCAUGAUUUACUAAAUGAACAUCAUACUGUAUUGAAAAAAUGUUUACUGACGGAAUAAAUCAAGCAAGAAUUAGUUCUUUUUUCAUUGACUUACAUAUAACCAGACUUCAAUCUGCAACCACAGGAGUCGCCCCCCGAUGGCCAUUAGAGAGAAUGCAAGUCUGCGGCACUUCGCCUUCACCAGAGGUUGUCACUUCUCAGGAUAUAAAAGUUAUUUAUAUUAGAGUUACCGGCUGUAGCUUUGGAGAUGUUCGAAACCGCCACUUAGCUCAACUAAAGUGACGCAUUGGAAUCGCGGUGACCUGCAGGGUGAGGUCCGGGCCCGCAGUCCUUUCUGGUCAGACACGGCUGGUGACCCUCGCGACCUGCGUUGCUUUAAUUGUCGUUGUGUUUUAACGAAGGCCGGGGAGUGCUCGCAGUUUCCUCCCCCAUUGACGCAGAAAGUGGAGUGGGAUUAGAUCCCAGUGUGGGCACGUGCGGAUCUGGAGGGAGGGGCUCCAAACCACUGCAGCCGCUUCUUGGCACUGUGAAUAAGCUUUCUUCCAUCCCUCUCCCUCUGAAGAUGCGCAGUGCAGUGACAAAUAACCCGACGUACAGACGUGUCUGUGUGCUUUGCAGCAAAGCUUCGUAUUCAAAUCUCUGCCGUCUGGUGUGUAUCUCAGAGGAGGCAGGUUUAAAAAAAUGUUUGUUUCGCAAAUGUAUAUCUGUUGGGAUUAAAAUAAAUGAAAGUGACUUGA